UGACGCCGUCGAGACUGAGGGAGGAGUCUGGGAUAGCAUUCAGUCAUCAACCAUUCAAACGUGGAUAGCGCCAUUCUGAUUAAGGUUUCUGACGAGGAUGGAUGAUUUCAGUGUUAGAGUUCAUCACAGGGGUAGGUUUUGUAGUGAUAAGGGAAAAAAUGAGUAUAUUGAUGGUGAGGUGACAACGGUUGACUGGUGUGACAGAGAUAGAUGGAGUGUUAUAGAAGCUUAUGAUGUGGUUGAAAAACUUGGGUACAUUGCUGAAAACAUUGGGGUACUGUGGUAUAAAGAUACUGAAUUAGGAUUAGAAGGGUUGAAGUUGUUGAAAGGUGAUGAAGAAGCAAUGGAAAUGGCAAAGAUAGGAGUUGAAAAAAAGGUAGUUGAUUUGUAUGUGGUGCAUAAGGCCUCAAUCCCUGAUGAUUUUUGUUACGACAUUGGUUAUUUAGAUGUUGGGGGUGGCAGCAAAGUUGUUGAGGAGGAGUGUGUGGAUGCUGAUAGUGGGCCAAGUGAUAUUAGACAGGCCCAAAAUAUUCAAGCAGAAGCCCAAGGUGGAGGGGUGGAUAUGGAGGCCCAAAUGCAGGGAUUAGUUGAUGCCCAUUUAUCUGCUGAAGAAGUGCUACAGAAUAUUGGUGAUGGGGACAAUAGUGAAGAAGAGGAUGACACUGAUGACCCAGAUUAUGAGGCUGAUUCUGAUCUUCAUUUUAGUGAUAGUGAAGAUGAUUAUUGUGGUGAUGAUGGGCUGUUUGAUGUUGAUAUAACUAUUGGGGAGAUGCACCAAGAUAUAAGAAAGUCUAAGAAAAGUAAGAGUGCUGUCGAGAAGUUAAAGAAAACUCAAAAGGUGGCUGCUGGGAAGAGAAAGAGCUCUCGUUUAAGCGAUGAUGAAGGAUUGAACAGUGAUGAAUUAGAGGAGGUAUCGAGUGAGGAUGAUGAAGCCAGCAAGAAGAAAUUUCCCGUUCACAAGGAGUUGAAGGAUAUGAGUAAGUAUAAGUGGGAGGCUGGAACUCUCUAUGCAACAAGAGAGGAGUUCAAGGAAGCUGUGACAUCAUAUGCUGUUCAUACUGGGAGAAACAUAAAAUUUCCAGUGGUGGACAAUGUCCGGGUGAGGGCUAAGUGUGGAGAUGGUUGUGAAUGGUUUGCAUAUGCGGUGAAGAUGGCCAAUGAAGAUAGCUGGCAGCUAAGAAUAGUUAAUGAUCAUCAUUCUUGUAACACUGUAUUUGACAUAAAAGUGAUGAAGUCGAAGUGGCUGGCGAAGGUCUUCAGGAGAAAAGUAGAAGAGAAUCCGAAGUUGAAGCUGGGCACCAUACAAAGUAGGACUCUUAGGAAGGGGAAUGUGCAGAUUUCAAGAGCAAAGGCAUUUCGGAUUUCAAGAGCAAAGGCAUUUCGGGCCAAGCAGAUUGCACUGGUUGACAUUAAUGGAACUUUUAGGGAGCAGUAUAGAAGACUUUACGACUAUUGCCAUGAGUUGCUGCGCACCAAUCCUGGUUCAUCUGUGAAGCUGCAUGUUCAAUUACCUCCAGCAGCCCAAACUGAGCACCCCAAUACAACAGUUGACUUAAGUCCACGAUUUCAUAGGAUUUAUAUUUGCUUAAAGGCUUGCAAGGAGAGUUUCAUGAAGUGUAGGCCUAUGAUAGGGCUUGAUGGUUGCUUUUUGAAGACACCAUAUGGAGGAUGGCUAUUGGUUGCUUUGGGGUGGGAUCCGAAUGACCAGAUGCUACCUAUAGCAUAUGCAGUCGUGGAGGCUGAGACAAAAGAUUCAUGGACGUGGUUCCUCUCAAACCUAAUUGAUGAUAUAGGAGCGGAUAAAUUAUUACGUAGCACGUUCAUGUCUGACCAACAAAAGCUAGUCAUGUGGCUUAUGCACUAA